AUGGGAUUCUGGUCCCGCAACAAGCGCAAAAGCACGGGCGCCCAGAGUAACAAAACCCCGUGCCACGAGUACGACGUCUUCGUACAUACCCCAGACCCGAACCUCACAGAUCGGCAGAGGCUAGUUUACUUCCUUGAGAAGGUCAAGGAAGGACGCGUGGAGGUGUACAAGACUAAACACAGUCACAUCAUUGAUGACAGACGAGGUUUGUACAUUUAUGUGACGCACAAGAGCCGGAAGAUCGAAGAUGUCAUUGAGACUAUCCAGUCUUUCUUGGAGUCCAUCUACCGGGACCCGGAAGUGGACUCUUCGAAAUUGAUUCGGCGCUGUCCGAGGCCUCGUGGGGUGAUUGAUUGA